UAAGAAUAAUUCAACGUACAAAGUGAAAAAUCAGGAUACAAAGUUAAGGGCUUAACGUGUCUUUUUGUCGUUGAAAUUCAUCAUUUGCUUGAUUAUUCUGUUUAUCGCGAGUGGGAUUUAUUGCCUCUGCUUUCCCGUUUCCGAGCGUCGGUUUAAAAAUAGGAUAUGGGGGAAUGCGUGUCCCUCUGUCUCUCUUUCUGUCGUAAUUUCGCAAUUAAUAAUUGCCUCUGGGCCGGAAGUGGAGCUUCGAGCUUCUUAAAGCAGCAUCCCGGAAGCGGCUCGUCUAACCAGAUAGACGCGACUUCCGUUGUUAAAAUACCAGAGACGUCAAGAGCCAUUCCAGCAAUGCAAAUGAAUUUUCAAUAACAAUUUUUCAUAAAUAAUGCCAUCGCCCUAGCGAAACCGUCGACCCGUUAACGGGUCUGAUAAUUGAGAAUAAUUCCCUGAGCGGUAAUAUUCUCUAAUAAAAAAAAUAUCCCUAUCCUCUCUAAAAGAUAAUUAAUUUGAUUUUUCACUUUUCAGUUCCCGUUUACAUUUUGGGAAUCGCGAGAAAAGAUCCGGACAAGAUCGGUCCUCGAGGCGGCCCGGAAGUCGCAUUUGUCCUUUCGGACCAACCGCGGAAUAAUGGAGGAAGAGCUGCAAUACGAGGCAUUUCCUGGAGGUAGCCGACGAAGCGUGAAGGCGGGGUACGAGAGAAGGAACAAGAGCGAGACCAAACGCAGCAGCCGGGGUGCAUCGCGGUCUCCAGGUGCAUUUCUCCUCUCCACAAGAAUGUCGACGCAGAAGGAAGUCGAAAGGGCGAAAAAAUCGGAUCCAGGAGCCAGCCGGCACGGGAAUUUCAUGAAUUAUUACCAAUUCCAUCCCGCGGAAGAACGAGUGCGCCAACUUCCGGGCGGCGUGUGGCGGUCCUCCUGUUCUAACCGGAAGUACGUCGGUCUGGACGUCGGCUGCAACGCCGGGGAUCUGACUUUGCUGCUUUACGACUUCCUGCGAGAGCAAGGCCACUCUGAGGUUUUCCUGCUCGGGAUCGACCUGGAUCCCAUUUUGGUCGAAAGAGCGAAAGAGCGAAGUGCCGAAAGGAGCGAAAUAGCUUUCGAGUGUCUCGACAUUUUCUCCAAGAACAAGGACCAGGUCCUCGGGGAAUUCCUCAAACGACUAGGAAGGACUAGCUUCGACGUGGCUUUUUGUUUCUCCAUCACGAUGUGGAUCCACUUGAACCAUGGAGACCAGGGCUUGCGAGAAUUUUUCAAAGAAAUUUGCAAACAUUGCGACAUGGUCGUCGUGGAGCCGCAGUCCUGGAAAUGUUAUAGAAAUGCGUCCAGAAGGUUGAGAAGAUCUAAAGGGGAGGACUUCCCCCUUUUAAGUUCCAUAAAAUAUAGAGAAGACGUGGAAGAUUACAUCGUCGACGUCCUCAGGAACUCCUGCGGGUUCGAGGAAGUCGUCACCACCGAAGACAACAAUUGGCGCCGGAAAUUACUCAUCUAUUCCAAAAAGAAUCAAGUGUAAUUGUUAGAAACACGUACGCGUUAAAUAUUAAUGAGUUUUUUGUUACACAUUAUCAGUUAUGCUUGUGUUCAGACUAAAAUAUUGCG